AUGUCUACAGAGAACCGGAUGAGCCAAUCAGCGCAAAAUGAGUCACAUGCAUACAAGCAAGCUCUCCAUAGCUCGAGCGAGUACGACGACACCCGCCCGUAUAACGCGUGGCCUGUGCCUCUAUGGAGCUCUGUAGGGCUACCAUCAGAUAACCAUCAUGGUGGCCGAAAUAGAGAUAACUUGCUGGGUUUGAACAAGUCGAAAUCUGCAAAUAACAAAGAAUGUAACGUGGGUGGUGAAAUCGUAGUUAGCCAUGUAGAUGUCAUCGUUUUGUAUAGAUUAUGGCAGUGGAAUGUCAUGCCUAUUGAACGAGCGGGCCAGCUGGCCAUGUUGGGUGCAAGAAAUGCCUGUCAAGGUGCGUUUGCACAACUUGCCAAGGACUACGUGGUCAUUGGAGCGUAA